CUUCCACGGUCGGGGGCCAAAUCACCAGAAAUCAACGGAUUACAUUGGCUUCAUGCCCUACACUGGAGGGCACAUGCUGGCCCCCAAGUCCUGCUCAUACUCGAUGUGCACCUUCAAUGUUGCAGUAAGUAGUUGGCGCAAUUUUAUACCCUGGUAAGUUUUGAAACCGCCCCAAUACUACUGUCCUAGAACUACUAUAUGAAGUGUCUUGCUAGUUCUAUAUACUACUAGGAGGCCAAGGAAAUUAUAUAUAGCCUUGUCAUGCCCUCCUCAUUGCUACUAUCACUGGACCAUCAUUCAUUUAGAAUCUCCUCGUUUGUCCGCUGUUGCUUUUAUUACUCUCACUCUCCUUUACUACCGCAAAACUUCACUCAUUACUCUUCUUCAUCAUCGUCACAACUAUCAGUCGUUACUUUGUCAUCAUCAACACAUCCAUUGUCAAAAUGUGGUCCAGACAGAUCACUGUGAAAAAGGCCUUUACUCUAGCUUCUUUGCUCCUGGCAUCUGGGGUCUCAGCAGCUGCUAUCCCCGCGAGCCUUCCUGACCUGGCAUCAGUCUCUAUGGCACCAACAAACGGGCAAGUCCCUUCUGGUCAAGGAGAUGUCAGUCCAGCCUCCAUCUCUUACGAAGGUGUCCCAGACUGUCAGUCUUGCCGUGAAGGCGAAGACAAUGAACAGACUAUCGACGCAUCCGCAACGCAGGUGAAACGAGAGAGCAUGACUGUCGCAGCAAGGACCGAGACCAAAAAGCUAACCUCCGAGGAGAAAAAGGCCGAGGAGGAGGAAGCCAAGAAGUUAAAGGAGGAGGCUUUCGAAAAGUGUCAUGGGUCCGCGGGCUGCGAGGCAUGGUAUAUCGUAGAGCAUGCAUUGUAGUAGCUCCACUGGCAGAGCUGGGUUCAAUUGGUGCAAGGCUAAGUGGGAGGUGAUGAGAUGAGAUCAGGUUGAGAUGGACGUGGUACUUGCUAGUACGUGGAAAUCAUCUGUACUUAUUAUGCUCGGAUGAUUACUCGAGUGAAUACUCGAAGUUGAAAACCUGUUUCUUUUUUAUUUUCUCGGUCACUAGUGCAGACAUCACAGUGUAGUGGAAUGACUCAGAAUAUCGAAUAUGAUACUAUUUGAAAUAUG